AACCUAUUGUAGACAGACAGCAGAACAUGAGGAGAGGUGUCGAACAGUGAAAAACUUAAAGGCCUGCAGGUUCAAAUGAGGGGUUUUCUUAAAACGCCAAACUGGGUAUUUAAACUCCAGCCUAAAACCACAACUAUAGGAAGACACAAAGACUCUGACCUCUGUCUACAGAACAGUGGGGUGGAUGAAUAUCAUGCCACUAUUGACUGGUGUGAAGCGGACAGCUGCUAUGUUAUCCGUGACUUAAACUCAGCACACGGGACAUACGUUAAUGACUGCCGGAUCCACAAUGCAACAGUGCGUCUCUCUCCAGGAGACCAGCUUCACUUUGGCUAUGGAGGAUCAACCUAUGAGCUGUCCAUUGACAACGAGAAAUCAUCUCCAGUUCCACAGGCCUGGCCACGAGUUCGGACUACCUCUGUUUCACCCCAUCCUCCAACCAGACCUCGUCCUAUGAGUGCCGGAAUGAAACGGGGUUCCACUACAACUGAUCGAAAAACUCAAUCUAGUAGACCAGGAAGCUGGAGUGCUAACAGAGGAUGUAAUCUCAGAAGUAUAACUCAACCUAACAUUUCUCAAAACAUCCAAUGCCUUCCUAUGGACGAGGAGGAGAGCUUGCAUAGCCUUGGAGAGGGACAUAUUCGUGUGUCUCUGUGCUUUGACGAUGAGUCCCAGAGGAAGAAUGAUGCGAUCGCGGCCCUGAAGGAGGAAGUGUCAGCUCUCAAGAGCCAGCUGUCUCAGAAGAAGCAGGGUGAUCCAGAUGUCACACACAGACUUCUCUGCCUGGAGAGUGACAUCAAAGAGAAAAGGGAUCAGAUACAGCAGCUAAAGGAGCAGAUGCUGGAGCUUCAGAGAUGUUCUGGAGAGAUGCUUGAACAGACUGUGACUGAGAGAGAUCAGAAGAUCAGCGCUUUAUUAGAACAGAUGGAUAAACUCAGGAGACAAAAUUCUUCCUCUACAGCACUGGUUAGCAGUCUGCAGAGAGACUUGUCUGCCCGAGAGAAACAGGCUCUAAAACUAGCCGCUGAGGUGGACAAGCUCAGACAAGAUGUGAGACGCAGAGAAGCCAAACUCUCAGGCAUUAUGGACAAGGUUCCUGCAUCCCUCUCCUUCUACAGCUGUUCAGCUCUCUAGGUUAACACGUAGCUUUCAAAGUGUUUUAUCAAUAAAAGAUCACACUUUC